AGGAGAGAGAUGGGGGGGGGCCCACAUCGCAGCCCUCACAUGACAUGAGGAGUGACCGAGCCCAACCGCGCCCCGCCGAUCCAUCCAAAAGGAAAGAAAUAUAAUCAGGCGGCGAAGAGGAGAGGAGAGGAGAGGAGAGGCAGAGCGCAGCCAUUCGGGUUCGGGGGCCUUCCGCUUCGCCCAAGACAAGAACCCACCAGUUCCGAGCGGAGCCCCCCCUCCAGUCCUCCUCCCUCCCUCCCUCCGCCCCUGGCCCAUCGAAUCCAGGCCCCGACUCCCCUCCCCGCCCAGACACGCCGCGAUUCCUCGCGUCCCCGCCGGAGAAUUCCUUCAUUGGUCGCCGCCUCUUCCUCCUCCUCCCGGGUUCUUGCGUGGUGGGAGUCUGGGGAGUGGGGGUGCCGGACGCGCUCUUCGCGUCUCCGGCCCAUGCUCGUCGUUCGGCCGCCGCUGCGGGCCGCCGGUUCCCAUCGGCUGCGGGUCGGCGCCAAGAAGGAUCUCUGAGCCCGAGAUCGCAACAGCAAUGGGAGCGAAGGUAGAGGUUGAGGGCUACAAACCUGCGCAUUGUGCCAUGGGCGAUCUCCACGCGAGCGCAAAUGGCUGGAGGUUUCCGUACGAGGAGGAGACGUCGAACGGCUUCGUGACUGCUGAGGCGGCUGGUUAUUCGGAGUAUGAUAAAGAGAUGUUCAGGCGCACAAUGCUGGCGCAUGAGGCUGUGUUUAGACAGCAGGUGUAUGAAUUGCAUCGGGUUUACAGAGUACAGAGAGACCUGAUGAAGCAGCAUCAGAGCAGAGAAAUGCAUGCAUGCUCGACACUGGAAGAUGCGUCACAGAGAAAUUCACCAUCACAAAUUCCACCACAUGGUGCCAACAUGAUUGGUACUGCUGCUCUGAACAAUGAGAAAAGCCACUCGUCGAAGUUCCCUAGGGAAGGCAGUGUCCAGUCCUCGCCGAAUGGAUUUCCCUCAAGUGAUGCUACUUUACCCACCAAACAAGGCAGGUUUGACCUUGAGCUCGGAGCUGAGCAUUAUGUUGAAGAUGACCAUGCAUCGGACAGUAAGCCUAUAGAUUUCCUUGGUGUAUCACCGGAUACAAAACAUCCGAAUGAUGCUGGUGUCGCAUUAGCUAGAGCGCAAGGCUUGGGGAUGUUCGGUCAUAAUAGUGCAACCUCCCUUCCGCCGAGUACAGGUAAUCUUGUAGGCCACCAUGUUGCUGACCUGAAUAAGCCAAUUCCGGGCCCUUAUAUGGCCAGAACAAAUGGGGCAGUAUCGGGAGGUCCUUCGUAUACCCUGGAGAACUCUUGGCAGCAGUCUCCAUGGAGAUCAAGCGCAACUAACUGUAGUUUCAAUAAAGAAUAUUCCAAGGACAAGCGUAUUAAUGAAGCCACAAGCUCUAACUUCUUUGAUGCAAGUUCCAGGAUAAAACAGGAGGCCAAACCACUGAUCGAUAAAGGGAAACGUGCCAGCAGCACAAGUUUUCUUGCACCCAGAUGCAGUGGCAUGGAUCCACAAAAGAUGUUCAGUGCUGCUGACAGGGGAUCUGCAAGCAGUAACAAGUUUAUUUACCAAUGUCCGAAUAGUUCAUCCGGAUGGUUUUCAGGAAGUCCUUUGGAAGCCUCUGCUAUCAAUAAUCUUCCUGGACAUGACCAUCUACGCUAUCCAAGUAGUACACUUGGUACUCCAUUCACUUCUAUGCACACAGACCAACCUUCUGCUGCCUCUCGUGUCGGUUCUUGCAUAGUAGAUCCACGGAGCUAUAACAUCAGUGCUGAUGUCCAGUCAUUUCCAAGUUUCAAUGGAUCUUCAACUGUCAAUUCAUAUGCGUGCUUCAGUGCUGCGAACCAAAGCAUUGGAACCUUAUCAUGUAAUCUGAAAAAAAUCAAUAACUCAGAUGGCAGCUAUUCUGGCAUUCCACUUGAUUCAUUGUCUGCAUCACGACCAUGGCAUCAGGUAACAGUUUCAAGUGACCUGGAGCAAAACAACAAGCUGAUGUUUGGACACCCAACACGGCACUGUCAUGAAGAUCCUGAUUCUGCAAAUGGUAAGGUCAGAAAGAACUUUAAUUUGAAUGAAGCAUUGUCAGAUGGUCAAGAAGAUAUUCUUGUGGAGCAAGACGUGGGAUGUUCAAGCAGUUUACAACAUGUCAAAGUUGAGGGCUCGGUAUCUGGGAUCUCUUGGCUCAGUAAGAAAGCUUCAUGUGCAGAUUGCACAGGUUUGGAAGAGCCAAGGAAGGUGUUUGAACAUUCUUAUGGGACCACAGUGCUGAUGAACAUCAAUGAAGAUAUAACGGGGGCAGCUGUGGCUCUUUGCAAUUUGCCAGAUUCUGCUUCAACAUCCGUAGGUUGCGGAACUAAGAAGGACAAGCCUUGUGAUAACAUUACCGCUAAAACUCAAGAGAGCGCUGAAUGUUUACCUCUUUCACGCCAGAAACCCAUGCCUGGAGAUGGGCAAGCUGCUGAAGGCAUUACCAAUAAGGCUGGUGCUGCUGCCUGGAAUUUUAUUGAUCUGAAUGAAGAUGCACCAAAUGAAGAUAAUUCAGAGUCAUCUGUGGUGUCAAGUGAUUGCCAUGUGACCUCCUUACAGAACAACCAUGCUAAGCCUAAGUUUCUGAUUGAUUUGGAAGUGCCAGCUUGCGAAGAUGAUGAUACUGCUACAGCUGCAGCAGAGAGCAUUCUUGCUUUGUCGAUGGAUGUGCCAGCCACUGCAGAGAUACCUGAUGAUAUGUUGCAGUGGUUUGCAGAGCUCGCCGUAUCAAGCAUCGGCGACCAUGCCGGGAAAGGGGAGGUCCAAGGCCGCGCCAAUAAUUCAAGUGACGAUGAUCUAGAUUCAUUCGAAUCGUUGACACUGAAGCUUGAAGACGUCAAGACUGUUGAGUUCUGCAGCAGGCCACUGCCGCCCGCGACAACAGAUGAUGAACAAACUGUCUCACUGGUGGACCUCCUUUCGAAGCCGAAGAGAGGCCAGCAAAGGAAGCGUCGGCAGAAGCGCGACUUCCAGAAAGACAUCCUGCCUAGCAUCUCGUCGCUGUGCCGCCCUGAGAUCAUCGAGGACAUCCAGCUGCUCGAGGGGCUGGUUCAGACGACCGGUGGAUCCUGGGAGUCAAGCUUAACCAGGCGACGACGGACGAGGUGUAACAAGAGAUCCAAGAAAAGGGUGCUGGACGCCGUAGAAGAGGAGGCCCAGAUCAGCGUAGAAGAAGAGGUCCAGGUCAGCCCGCCAGCUAAACCCGACGACGAGGGCGUAGAAGCUGACAGCAACAUAGGCAUGAUUGGGUGGGGGAGAACGACGAGGCGGUGUCGCAGGACGAGAUGCCCGUCGGCUAUCACCGUCGCCGCUGCAUCAUGAAGAAACAUUGGUGGCGCAAUUGCGCUAUUGGGCAAGCAUCCUGAAACGUGUUGUAGUUGAACUGGAUGUAAAAGUGUACAUACUUGGGUGGUCAAUUUGGAUGGCCGGCAAUGCUCUUUUGGGUAGAAACUCGUUGGCGUACAAUUUGUCAUACAUUCUUAACCGAAGUAGUUGUUGAUGAGACAUUCGUGGGUAAA